UAGUCAUCACAUCAUUCAAUUGAGGAUAUCAGCGGAUGUCCAUCCGAUUCGAUGUAUCCAACGACACAUGCAGAACAGACCGCCACUUCAACCCAUCACUGCACUUUGCAGUCCUGGCUGUGUUUGCCGUCGGCAGGGCGGCUGUCGCCCCCCGUCUGCGAUGAAUCAGAUGCCCCGCUACCCUCAUCCUCUCCCACAGCCGCAUGUCCCUCUCCCGCUACUGCCGGAUCCUGGCCGCCCCGCUCGCCAGUCCCGUCAAGAGCGGCUUCCUUCUCCUGCCUCUCUGCUGCGGCCUGCUUGGCGGCGGCCUCCUCUGCUUCUUGUCUGCGCCUCUCCUCCAGCAGCUCCUCAGCACGACGGACAAUACGAUCGAUGUCGCCCUCUGACAAACACACGCCAUAGACACACACACAAGUGAAUAAAUGCAUGAGGGGCGACCGCCUCUCUCUCUCUCUCUCUCUCCCUCUGUGUGUGUGUGUGUGUGUGUGUGUGUGUCUAUGUGUGUGGUCACCUGUGAGGACGUAGUAGGGGUCUCUUCCCGAGCUGUCCAGCGGCCAUUUGGUGCGGAAGCGGGUCAUGUACUCGGUGGGCUUGUCGGGCUGCUGCUGCUGCUGCUGCUCGAGGUAGGUCCGCUUGUCCUUCUUGACGGCACAGAAGGCCCGCAGCGUCUCGUACGACCUCGCCAGGUCGGUGUUCUUCUCUGUCAGCUCGUCUCUCUCCCUGGUGAGCUCCUCCUUGGCUGUGCGGAGGGUCUCGAGGUGCUGCUGCAGCUCCCCCGAGUAGGACCCUGCGCCCGCCCGGAUGCGGCCGUGGAGCUUCUUGUUCUCGUCAUUGACACGCUGGAACGCACUGCGCAAGUUGCGGUUCUCACGCUGAUAAAUAGAUGGAUGCAGGGAUGAAUGAGAUCACACAGACACACACGUGUGUGUAUGUGUGUGUCAGUCAGUCAGUCAGUCAACGGACCUCCACUUUUUCGAUUCGUUCGGUGAGUGGCUCGGUGCCGGCCUCCAUGGUCUGCAGGCGGGUCUCCUGCCGAGCCUUGAUCUUCUCCAUGGCCUCUAUCCUGCACACACAACACAGACAGACGCAUGACAUUCACAAGUCUGUCUGUGGUGCGCCGGUCGGUGUUCUUGUGGCAGCUGACUGACUUUGCGCGGCAGUGGCUCAUUUCCAUCUGAAGGUCGGCGGCCGUCUGCUUCAGGCGGGCGCACUCACUCUCAGCUAUGUCACGCUGGACACACACACACAGACCAUACACGCCAUCUGAUCUGUUGACGGUGGCUUGGUUGGUUCGUAUGUGCGUACCUUUCUGCUCUCUUCCUUGAGGCUGUUUGCGAGUCCGUCGAUCCGCUCUCUAAGCGCCUGUCUCUCCCUCUGGUGCCGCUCCUCCACCUUGUGCAUCUCGUCCUCCUUGUCGGCCUUCAAGCGCUGACAACACGAAUGCACACAGCCACACAGCCACACACAAAUACACACACCAUCCAUCCAUGUGUGUGCGGGCGGACAGAUGGGGAGGGUUCUUGCCUUGUAGAGUUGGCCCUGUUCCGUCUUGGCGAGUAUGGCGCACUGCUGCUCCAGCUGCCGCACACGCCACCUCAGCUGCCGCGCCACAUCACCAUCCACACCACCACCCUCCCCCUCCCCGCCCUCGCCCCCCUCUGCACCAUCCUCACUGCUGUCAAUGUCGUACUCGGUGUUGACGCCACACUCAACGGACGUGUCCUCCUCCCCACCCACACACACAUCCGCAGUGGCCGUCGGCUCCGUCGCCACGGCAGUGUCGAGCAGCACUUUGUCGGUGCGUGCGCGGAGGGCCGCCCGUGUCUCUGCCAACUGGCUCUGUGUGUCGGUGAGAGUGGCCUGGAGCCGCGUCUUGUCCUCCUCGCCGGUGCCGAGGUCCGUGUGGAGCUCGCGGAUGUCUUGCUGGGCCUGGGAGAGGUCGUGGGAGGUGCUGUGGAGACAUGCAGUUAGCUCGGCUAUCAGCUCGCCAUGGUGAGACUGCUCGGAAGCAACCUGAGACAUCAAGAGCGUUUUGUAAAGGUUGUAGGGAGCAUGUUGGUCGGUUGUGCGCACCUGAUGCGAGUGCAGGUCAGCGUCGAGGCUGAUGAUGUCGAUGUAGGCCUGAUGGAGAGGGCCCGCCAACGCACUCAACUGCAGCGAAAGAUAACGAGAAGGCAAGAUGCUCAGCUCCGUUCUAGAUAUACGUGUGCCUACCUGGUCUAACAGGUCGUAUAGCUGUGCAUCCAGCUGGCCGAUCCUGCCCGCCAGAGACUCCGCCAACUCUGCCACAUACUGCACACACACACGCACACAGACAGGCAGCACGUUCACAGUGAAAUUGGUGGGUGGAAUAUGUCGCAACGCACCGACCUGGCUAUCAUCCUGCUCCUCCGAGAUGCUGCUGAUGAGGUCCUCCUCAAGCGCACUCACGUGCCUCACCAGCCGCUCGCGGUCCUCCCUCCCCCACACGAGCUCCCUCUCCAUCCCCCUGAUGUCCCUCUCCAGCUUCGCCACGCGAGCCCUCUCGACCCGGACACACUCAACGGCCUCGGCUGUGCGGCUCUCCAGCUCCUGCUUGAGCUCGAAGUUGUGGGUCUGCUCGGCCUCGUACCGCUCGAACAGCUCGUCGUACUCUUGCUUCUGACUGGCGAGGGCGUCGGCCGCCCCCUGCAGCUCCUUCCGCACGGAGUGCUCGUGUGCGGUGGCUUCCUCCAGCCGCGAGGCCAUCUCGGUGAGCUGGUCGCUGCUCUGCGUGCCUUGUGUGGCGGCCUUGCGGAUGUGCUCCUGGAGCCGAUGGACCUCGGCGGUCAGCGACGCGCGGGCAUCCUCUGCUGACUUGAGCUGCUCGGCCAUCUCCAUCUGAUGGGCCAGGCCACAGACAGGCGAGAGCUGUGCGGUGCUGUGCGGUGUGCGUACCUUUUCUGAGUGGAGGUCUUCCAGUUCCUUCUUGGUGUCCUUUGCGGUGCGCUCAGCGUGGUGCAGACGAGACCUGAAGUCGUCACGCUCAACCUGCCAGACACGCGCCACUCACACAUGUCCACACACGUCUGUGUCUCUUUCCUUGGUUCGUGCAGUGCAGUGCAGUGCAGUACAGUGCAUCGCUGGCUGGAUGUGUGGUGUCAUCUCAUUCACCUCGGCCUGUGCGAGGGCAUCCUUGAGUGCGAUGACGGCCCGGCCCGAGUCAUCUGGCGAGUCCUUCGAGGCAGCACUCCGCAGCUGAGACUCAAGAUGCUGCACCCAGCAACACGAGACACACGAUGAAUGCAUCCUCGUUCCUUCGUUUCGUUGUGGGCUGAUUCACCUUGAUGGUGUCAGCGAGUUUGUUUCUCUCUAAGGCCAGGUCCUCAUUGUCACGCUCCAGACCGUCAACAUCCUGCACACAAAGACAGACAAACGUGGUGAGACCCUGUAGUGCAAAAAGCCGUGCCGUGUCUCUCCCUUUGUGUCUGUUCGUUCGGUACGUACCCGCUGCAGCUUCUCCCUUUGCUUCUUCUCCUUCUGCAGCAGCUCCGACACAUGCUCGGCAUUCUCCAGGCGGGCACGCUCACUACGCAAGGCAGCCUGCACGACCAACACGCCACACCACACAAAGCAAAGAAGCACAGGGGUGUGUGUGUGUGCGUGGAGGGAUGGACAGAUGGGCGAAUGUGUCUGGCAUUCAGAUUCACCUUGUAUUCGGCCUCCUUUCUUUCGAUGUCGUCCUUGAGUCCCCUCAGCUCGCCACACACCCGCUCGUAGUCAUCCUCCUUGCGCGCCAGGUCGCCCUCUUUCUUCUGCAGAUCCAGCCGGACCGCCUUGAGCUCUUCUUCCUUGCGGUUGAUGCCGUGUUUGGAGUUGUCGAGGGCCACCUGCACCUCGCCGCGGAGCUUCUCGGCCGCCUGCCGCUCGCACUCGAGCUGGUGGUUCUUGGCCGUGAGCUGGUCCAGUCGGGCCUCGAGUGACACCUUGGACGCCUCCACCUCGUGAAGCGCCUUGGAGCGCACAUCCAAUUGCUGACAAGGGGGAGAGGGGAACACACACACAUGUUGCUGUGAGAGCGUUGGCUUGCGGCCCCUCUCUCUGUGUGUCUACCUGUGUGAUGUCGUCGAUUCGGAGUCGUUUGGCCUGGAGCUGCUGGCUGGUGGCCUGCAGCUGAUGCUCGUGGUCUGGCACAUGUGCCUGCAGCUCCUCCAGCGCAGCACGAACGCUCUCCUCGGCCAUGCGGGCCACACGCACCUCCUGACGCAGCUUCUCAUUCGCCUAAAUGCCGCCACAUGCAGAAUGUCGCCGAGCAGUGACAGAUGUCGCUCUCCCCCUUCGCCCCUCUCUCCCUCCCUCCCUUGCUUACCGAUUCCAUGUUGGACAUGGCCGUUUGCAGAGUGAGUUUGUCCUUCUCUAUGGCCUUCCUCUCGUCCAUGAGCUCCUUGACGCGGCCCUCGAGCGACUCGAGGCGGCCGUUCUUGGUGCUCUGCGACUGGCGGCUCUUCGACACCUCUGAACGGAGAUCAGCCAGCUCCUGCAGGACACACACAACGGCAGAGAGACAGAUGGAGGGGCGAUGGGAGGCCUGUCGAGUGUGUUGCUGUCCCUCCCUACCUUUUCCAUGGCUGUCACGGUCUCUUCGAUCUUCUUGCGGUCCUCCUGCUGGCUCUCCAGGGCAGCCUCCAGCGACGCCUUCUCGUGACGCAGACCAGCAGCAGCCACAGUCGCCUUUUCAACCUCCGCCUGACACACACAAACAGAACACGGGUUUGUCAGCACACAACCAGUGGCGUGUGAUUACUGACCUGGAGCGCAUGCAGCUGCUGCUGGCUCAAGCUACUCGUCUGCAUGGCGGAUGCGAUGUCGUCGGCCCGCCUCGUCCAGCGCUCCUCGUUGGCCAUCUGCUGAGUGCGGAGGGCCAUCAACUCGCCGUCGAGGUGAGACACGCGAGACGCCAGGUCAGACCUCUCCAACUGAGACACAAACAAAGGAAAAGGAAAAGAGACAUGCAACAAACAGGAACAGGAAAGAUGUGCAUGCCCAGCGACCUCUAGGGUGCUUCGCUCCUCCUUGAGGCGAUCCACGAGCUGAGUGGAUAGCCACGGGGGACACGCAAACGUGCAGCUAUGUGAGCGACCACUUCUUCUCCUUACCUGUUGUUUUUCCUGCAUUUGUGUGAGCGUGAGGUCUCGCGCCUUGACGGCAUUCUGCAGCUCCCUCUCCUUCUUCUCGCGCUCCGCCUUCUCCAGCUUGGCGAUGCGCUCCGCAACCGCUACCUUCUCGCUAUACUGAUACGUAGAUGGAUGGAGACAUGGAUUGGAGCAGAGGCGCAAACCAACACAGAACCAAUUUGCCCUCCCUUGGGGCUGGCUGCGUGUAGGCGUGUGUCAGUCACUCACUCACCUCAGCGUUGGACGAUCCCACGCUGUGCAGCUGCUCCUGUAUGAGGGCUUUCUCGGCUUGGAGGGCCUGGAUCUGCUGCUGCAGGGCCGACUCGGACUCACGCAAGCGAGACAACUCAGAGGACGUAUCCUGACAGGAAAGGGGAAGCAACACCGACACACACACAUGUGUGUUUCGCCAUCUCUCUCGUGUACAGGGCGUAUCGGCUGGCUGACCUGCGAUGGGACUGGUUGGCCCCUCAUGGCAGCCAGCUCUUGUUCAGCAGCGGCGAGGCUCGCCCGCAGGCUGUCCCUCUCCUGCAUAAUACACAACACGACACGAAACGCAGCAGCUGCUACUGACGGCCGGGAAGAUGAUGAGACGUAAUCACCUGGCGCGCUGCAUCCAUCUUCUCCUCCUCUUGCCCAGCCUGAACAGACGAGUCACACGCCUGACCAACACAUGAAGGUGAUUCCUCCAAUGUGGCUGUCCAUUUGAUGUCUGUCGUUGUCUGUACCGGCGGGCGGGUGUCAGGUGUUGAUGUGGGUGCAGUGGUUGUGCCGUCCUUGGCCUGUGCCUCCAGCUCUGCGAUGCGUCGCAGGGCCUCGUCAUGCUCUGACUCUACUGCCUUCUUGGACUCCUGCACACAAUGAGAUGAAUGUAAGUAGAUGCCUAGCCGUGGCCCUUUUCCACCUCAAGGUUGCCGUAUUCGUCGAGCACUUGCCGUGCAUGGUCCGCCAGGUCGUCGAGCUCGCGCUUCGCCUCGGCCUUGUCGGCCCCCAGGGCGGCCACUGCCCCCUCCAGCUCGGCAAUCCGAGCACUCGCCCACACAGGCACCGAUGAGUCGCCUUCGGCCCCACUAUCCGUCUGCACACCUAGCUCGGACACCUGGCAGGAGAGGAGAAGCACACAUUGGUUGAGACAUGGAUGUUGUCGCGUCAGUCACCUUUGCUUUGGUCGGUCGUCGGAGCUGUGGGGGGAGAGAUGGCGUGCGGGGCGGAGACGCGGCCAUUGACGACGGCAGGUCCCGCAGCCGUGACCCCUCCUGCGGUGCGCUUGGCUGUGGCUGCAUCGUGCCCUCGGCGUCUCGGCGCACCCCCAGUGAGCGGCGAACUUUGUCAGCAGCAGAUGGUGGGUGGUGUGAGUGGAUGAGGGGGCUGGGGUGGGUGUGCGAGACCUCCUGCUGAUCCUCCACCGCCACCCACUCACUGUCGUUUUGCUCCAGCUCGCUAGAGGUGGGCACGUGGAUGGUCUUGCGGCGCAUCUUGUUGCCCUGGCUCUUGGGCAAACACACCACACUGACAGACAGAGGGAGGGAGGGGAAACACCACACAUGAAUCGAUGGACUGGACGGAUGGAUGAAAUGGCAAAGAAUAUGUGUGGGCGGGGCGCGCCUGCGUACGUUGCGGCCGAGUGGAUUUGUGCCGCCAGCUGGGCGAUGUGCGCCUCCAAACGCGACCUGCAGACGGACAAACGCAGCGGUGUGCAAUGAAGUCGGCUGGCAUCCUCGCGAGUCACCUUUCCUCUCGUAGCUUGGAGUUCUCAUCCGUGAGGUUCUGAAUCUUCUCUACCUGCACCCCAUCCACAAGACAACACACAUCCCACGGAUCGGAGCGCGGGUGGCCAACCACGCAGCCACUUACCCCGUAUUUGUCAUUGAGCUGCUGCCGGAGGACUCUGAUCUCACCCUUGAGCUGCUUGAUGGCCGACUGCUCGUCGUCAGCAAAGAUGUUCACCUGACACACACAUAGACAUUCAUGUGGAUACGUGGGCGUCCAGGAGCCCUCUGUGCUGAUUCGCGCACUUUGGGUUUGUUGGUGAUGGCCUUGGCACGGAGUGCGAACUCUAGUGUCCUGACAGAAAAUCGAAAUGAAGGCCGUUUGGCUGCAGCGGAUGUGUUGAUGUGGGGGCCUCGGGCGGGCGCCUACUUUUUGCUCUCGCUGUAGCAUGUGCUAGAUGGCGACACCGUGCAGAUGACGGCCGUCCUCGCGUUGCCGCCGAUGGAGUUCUGCAGCAGCCGGGUGAUCUUGGAGUCGCGGAAAUUCACAAACGUCGACUUCUCCUGUCAACGCAUACAUAAACCAUGCCCCCUUCCUCCAUAUGUGUGUGUGUGUGUGUGUGUUGCACACCCCACCCUCUGACCAUUUUGUUUUUGGCUUGUUCGAGAGUGCUGAGUUGUUCGAUGACCCUGGAGAGCGCCAGGAGGCUCUUGUUGAUGUUGCCCCCCUCCCUCUUGCGCUCAUCAGCCGUCUGGGCCUUGCUCACAUUCUCGGAUCCUGACCGAAGGGAAAAACGGAUAGAUAGAAAUGCGGGCUGUGUGUCUUCUGCGUCGUGACGUACCUGCGAGGUCGACCAGGUUGAGGAGACCCACCCGAACCGUCCUGUCGAUGUCGCACGCACCCAACUCCUCAUCGUCCGCCUGAGUAUAACGCACACACAGUACAGACACGUGGCUGGGGUGGGCGAAUGGGUGCGUGGGAGGCGGGGAGAGAGAGGACUCACUCACCUGCAGGUGUCUUGAUUCGAUGCGGAGUCUGAGGAUGGUGUGAGCGCGAGACGACCGCUCGUUGAGGUUGGUCGCCGCUAUGUGCUUCAUCUUGUCACCCAGCUCACUUAAUGAAUGCAAUUCAUCCAUGAAGGAGGACAGACAGCAGUGAGUGGACUGACUUGAUGGGCGGCGAAUGCAAUGCAGAUGUGAGCUUACAGCAGCUGGAAGACGUCAUCGCUGCACGUGAUUUUGGUCUCCUCCGCGUUCUGGACCGACACAUCUGACCGACACAGACAGACACACCGGACAGCAGCUUUGCCUUUGCCACCAGCAGUCCGCUUCGCUCUCCUCACCCACCUGCGCCCUGUCCGAUGAUUUGCAGCGUUUUCUUUGGUGUGUUUGGGCUCUGGGCCUCUGCGAUGAGGUCAAACAACUGCUCGUUGUACACCUGAACAGAGGGAGGGGAAGUGGCACACCGGGGAGGGUGUGUUUGCAUGGGUGUCGUGUAGGCGCUUCACCUCCAGGUAUGACAUGCUGACGAGGUAUUCUCGCUGUCGGCACUCGUCGUCAGCCUGACGAACACCAGCAGAUGCACAGAUGCAUGUGGAGAGAUGAAUGGGGAGUAAGUCAGUGGCGAAAAUCGACCGACCUUGGCUAUGAGUGCGAAGAUCUCCUGAACGGCCCUCUGCACAAUCCCCUUCACACACUUGUCACCAUUGCCUGCAAAGGACAGAACAACUCCACUGCCCGCCAUUCUUCCCUUGCUGCCCCGCCGACCCACCCACCCAUCAUGGUAUGCGUCUUGCCCGAGGCCGUCUGGCCGUACGCAAACACGGUGCCUGUGUGGACAGACGUGGCGUAAUGAGGAACGCAACAAAAGGGCGCCUUGUCAGGAUGUACCAUUGAAGCCGAGUACGGCGGAGUGUACGAUGUCCUUGACGAGCUCAUCAAACACCUCAUCGUUACUCGCGCUCUCCUCAAACACAUGAUCUGACCAUACAUACCAUAGGCAGGCACACCUGUUCACCCAAUCCUCGUCGGCCGGAUGUGUGUUCUUUCCUCAUCCCGAGCUCACCGAAUGCGUAAGAUUCGUUGGAUCUGAGGUUGAUGAUGGUCCGCCUGUCUGGGCUGUUGACGGUCCAGCACCUGCCCUUGCCGGCGUAGAGCGGCUGCUGCUCCAGCUCCCUCUCCUUGUCAUUCAGCGGACGGAACCUCACGGCUACAUUGAUGUUGCACGACUUGCCAGACGACGCAUCCGCCAGGACUGUGGAUGCCGAUGCAGACCCAUCCAUGGCCACCCA